AUGACGACCCGGCUCGUCGCCCAGGCCGAGGCCUGCAGCGCGGAGGAAGUCCUUGCCUUCCUCAACGGGCAGAACAACUUACCUGCCGUCAAGGGAGCCAUUCUUGUCAAGCUUUCUACCAAAGACCACGACGACCAGUUGGUCGUGCUAGACCCUACCCAGCCUGGCAGUCCGUCUACUGUCAUCAUCAACGUCACGCGGAUCGCCCCGGAUGCCGGCGCCAACUCCACCACGGCCAACCCUGACGCCGACGCCGUCCCCGUCCCGGCCGGCCCUCACGCCGGUGCCGACCCUAUCCCGGCCAGUCGCCCCAAGGUCACCUUCAAGCUUCUAGACGUCGAGAGCCGCACAAUCGCAGAGAUCCAGGCAACCAAGCCUACCAGUAACAACAGCCUCGGCCUGCGCGGUUGGCGCCUCGGCGUCUCUCUCAGCAGUAGCAGCUACGGCCAGCUCGCCAUUAGUACCACUGCACCAAGCGGCAGCAACUCCAGCGGCCGCACUGGAUAUUCAAACACCCCGCACAACAUUGCCGACCGCACGCUUAGAAUCGAACGCCUGAUCGAGAUUAAGCCCAAGAAGGAGGGGGAUCCCUCAACUUGGGAGUGGGAAUUCUUCCUUGCCGUCGACGUCCGCGUGCUUGUCAAUCAAGGCACCCUGGCGUCACCCAAGUGGCAUCGGGUCGUUGAGGAUCUCAGUCCCUCACACAACAAGACAUAG